CAUUGCACAGCGUGGCUGCUGGCGGUGCUCUUGCAGACCGCAUAAGUGCUCCUGUGGUAUUACAGUAGUGCUUGAACACAAGUGCAUAGAUCGCAUCAGACAUCAAAUAAUUCGCGCUGCAGCAAAGACACAGAGAGCCAUGCAGCUCUGCACCCUGCUGCUGCUUGCAGCCUCCGCGGCGGCGCUGCGGCCAGCCCUGCCCGCGACGGAGCAUCGGCGACGACGCGGCGCCGUAACAAUGAUGGGCCGCAAGUUCGAGAACAACAAGGUGAAGAUGGCCAAGACCGCGGCGGCCAACGCGAAAAAGUCGAGCUACAUCGGCAAGAAAAUCAAGGUCGCCGUCAAGGCCGGCGGGCCCGACCCCGACGCGAACCGGGCGCUCGGGUUGAUCAUCAAGGAGGCGCAGGCCUUGAACGUGAAGCGAGACAUCGUCGACCGCAACAUCAAGGCCGCGUCCAGCGAUAAGGACGGCGCGGACUUCAAGGAACUGACCUACGAACUCUACGGGCACGGCGGCGUCGGGUUCGUCAUCAACGCGCUGAGCGACAAUUCGAACCGCGCGUACACGGACGUCGGGACGGUUGCGAAGAAGGCCAACCUGAAACUCGCGGAGAGCGGGUCCGUGCUGCACAACUUCGAGAAGAAGGGGCGGUUAGCGGUAAACUCGGCGCUCGAAGAGGACGAUCUGAUCGAACUGGCGUUGGAGAACGACGUGGACGACGUCGAGGCGGGGGAGCCGGACCCCGAGGGCAUGCGGAGCGACGGCGAGGACGUCAAGACCGUGGCCUGGGUGGCGCCGACGGACCUCGGGGCGAUGCAGAAAGCUUUGGUCGAUGCGGGCCACGACUGCACGGCCAACCUGGUGCACGAGCCGAUGAUGCUCGUCGAAUGCGGCGACGAGGACCUCGAGAAGAACUUGAAGGUCUUGGACCGGCUCGAGGAGGUCGACGACGUCGACACGGUCGAGCACAACAUGGCUCUCUAAGUAUGUAGAUAC